AGAGCGAAUAACAGCAGGCAGUUGAAGAGGCAGCCAGAGCACAAGAAACCAACAGAAACUCCAGAGAGGAGGAAAAGAAGCAGAAGUCUCAGCGUUGGUCCCCUGCCUCUGCCAAGAUGGGUGACUGGAGCUUCCUGGGAGAGUUCCUGGAGGAAGUACACAAGCACUCCACGGUCAUUGGCAAGGUUUGGCUCACUGUCCUAUUCAUUUUCCGCAUGCUUGUGCUCGGCACGGCUGCUGAGUCUUCUUGGGGGGAUGAACAGGCUGACUUCCGGUGUGACACCAUUCAGCCUGGCUGUCAGAAUGUCUGCUACGAUCAAGCCUUCCCCAUUUCACAUAUUCGCUACUGGGUGCUGCAGAUCAUUUUCGUGUCCACGCCAUCCCUGGUGUACAUGGGCCACGCCAUGCACAUGGUGCGCAUGCAGGAGAAGCGGAAGCUGCGCGAAGCUGAGAGAGCCAAAGAGUCACAGGGCACGGGCUCUUACCAGUAUUCCAUGGCCGAAAAGACGGAGCUGUCCUGCUGGGAGGAAGUGAAUGGAAAGAUUGUCCUCCAGGGCACUCUGCUCAACACCUAUGUCUGCACCAUUCUGAUCCGCACCACGAUGGAGGUGGCCUUCAUUGUGGGCCAGUAUCUCCUCUAUGGGAUCUUCCUGAACACCUUGCAUGUCUGCCGCAGGAGUCCUUGUCCCCACCCUGUCAACUGCUACGUCUCGCGACCCACGGAGAAGAAUGUCUUCAUCGUCUUUAUGCUGGCUGUGGCCGCACUGUCCCUCUUCCUCAGCUUGGCUGAACUCUACCACCUGGGCUGGAAGAAGGUCAGACAGCGUUUUGUCAAGUCUCCCCAGGUCAUGGCUGAGCGCCAGCUUCCUGGUCCCUCAGCAGGCCGAGUCCAGAGCUGCACACCUCCCCCUGACUUCAGUCAGUGCCUGGAGAAUGGCCCUGGGGGAAAGUUCUUCAAUCCUUUCAGUAACAACGUGAUCUCCCAAGAGAACCCAGACACCCUAGCCUCUGAGCAAGUGCAAUGCUGUGAGCAGAUUCCUGGGGAAGGUUUCAUCCACAUGCAUUAUGCCCAGAAAUCUGAGGUGCCAAAUGGGGUCUCCUCAGGUCACCGCCUUUCCCAUGGCUAUCAUAAUGACAAGCGCCGCCUUAGCAAGGCCAGCAGCAAAGCCAGGUCAGACGACUUAUCAGUGUGA